AUGGAGUCCCUUAGAUCUACUUUCACCUCUCUCCUCGGCCUAGGCCCCAUCAAAUAUAACCCCUCAACCUCUAUCCCCUCCCUCCAAGGUAAAACCGUCCUCAUCACAGGCGGCAACUCCGGUCUCGGCAAAGCCACCAUCCAGGCCCUCCUCCAGCACUCACCAUCUCCCCCGGCCCGGAUUUGGCUCGCAUCUCGAGAUAUCGACAGAAUCCAGUCCGCCAUAUAUGAGAUUACAGCCACGGUUCCCUUGGCCUCGACUAUCAUUGUUCCCCUCAUUCUUGACUUGGCCUCACUGCAGUCAGUGAAAGAUGCCGCUGAAAGGGUCCUCAAGGAGUCUGAAAGACUGGAUACUAUGAUUCUCAAUGCAGGCGUGAUGGCGAUGCCAGUCGGUGUGACGCAAGAUGGGUAUGAGGUUCAUUGGGGGAUUAAUCACAUGGGACAUGCCGCUCUGACAAAGCUGUUGAUGCCUCUUCUCCUAAAAACGGUUGAGAUUCAAGAAGAAAAGGAUGUCAGGAUUGUGGCUGUGAGCUCGGGUGGUCACAGAUCUUCGCCGAAGAUUGACUUUGCAAAGGUCAAAACAGAUAUGAAGACGAGCUUUUGGUGGACAAGGUACGCAGAGAGCAAACUGGCCAACAUUCUGUGGAUGAAAGCCCUGGCGAAAGAAUAUCCCCAGAUCAAGUGUGUCUCACUCCACCCCGGAGUGGUGAGCACAAACAUAGGAGGGGCAACUAUCAGCAAAUACCGACUUGUGAGAAUUGGUGACUGGUUGUUUCGGUGGAUGCUAACCAAACCUGAGGUGGGAUGUCUGAAUCAGCUUUGGGCUGCAGUUGGCCCAUCUGAGGAGGUGGAAACGGGAGAGUAUUAUCAUCCUGUUGGGGUGAAGGGGUGUGGUUCAGUCAUGACAAAAGACCAAGGGUUGGUUAUGAAGUUGCUUGAAUGGACCGAGGAGGAGCUAAAGGUUCAUGGUAUCUGA